UUGGAACCAUGAAUCGAUUUCUUGCUAGAAACAUCUCGUCGUACGCUGCCAAUCUUGUUCUCCCUUUCCGUUCCACUUCUGCACCAAACCUUCUUCAUUUCUCCUCACCCGUCUGCUCUACUUUCUCUUCUUUAUCUGCCUUGAACUACAACAGGCUUUUCUCGUCGGAAGCUUCUAAGCCGUCUGACUCAAAUUUGGGCCCAUCCCAGGGCAGUGAUGAUGCAGACAAACUCAGCAACCAAGAGCUGAAACAGCAGAUAGAGAAGUUGUAUGGCGGGGAUGAAGAGGCAUUUGCAUCAGUUUUUGAAGCAAUAUUGAGGAGGAAGUUAUCAGGGAAGACUGAUGAGAUAGAUGAGGAGCUGAUAAAGGAAUUGCCGAACCAGCCACGAGUGGAUGGUGAGGAGAGUGAUGAUCAAGAGACUGACAGCGAUUCUGAUUAGAUCUUGUUUCUUGAUGAAUUAGAAAGAGAAUUAGUAAAUGUUUGUUGAAGUAUAAUUAUCAAUUAUGGAUAGUUUGUUUCUUAAUGUAUGGUAUGGUGAUGGUGCCUCGUUAAUUCAGGAUUUUCAUUGGACACAGAAUCAUGUAUGAGGUUUAUAACUUUCAUACUCACUCACAAGCACAGCUUCAUGCUGCAUGAAUU